AUGAGUAAAAAAGAUUUUCCCCAAAGCAUACUCAUGCAACCGGAUUUCCACCCUGCGAAUUGGAAAAGGCCAUCUAUAAGCCAAGGGGGCUCUCCCUCAAGUCUGCAUGACUCCCAAGAGUCUGAUUCUGAAAGCCUUGUUCAGGAGAGACAGUAUCAGUUAGAACUCCAGCAGCGGAUUCGUGAAAAUGAAGAGCUGGUAGGACUGUAUUCUGAUGAGUUGGAGAGUGACAGCUUAGAAGAGAGCUUGGAGGAGAUGAGUCUAAAAGAACAAGAAGGAGCUGAGUAUGACACAAAUCAAUAUACAAAUGGAAUGCAAAAGAAUGAUGGUAAUGGAAGGAAACAACAGUCUGUGGACAAAUAUUUCAGCCUAAGAUACAAUCCUAAUUGGAAGAACACAAAAGAGGUAGCAGAAUUUUCUGAGGCAGAAAAGGCACGUCAAGUUGCUGGAGGAGGCAGCGUGGACGUUUCACAAGAUUCAUUUUACCUCCAUUCCAAUGGCUCCCCAGAAGAAAAGAAUCAACAGGAGACAAAGUCACAAGAUUCAUUCUCAGGGUUUGGUACAGAAUUUCUAAGCUUUCAUGAACCAAAUGCUGUGGUCAGCAGUGAACCUUUUAGGCUACAUACCAAAUGGAAGGAAUCUGCAGAUGGCUGUCAUUUCAAAGAUAGUCCCAGUACAUACGGCAGUGCUUUUUCUCUUCAGAUUCAAGAAGAUCGACCACAAAGAGCAAAAAAAGAUUUUGUGGAAAAAAAUAAACGGACUUUAGGAUUACGUUCAGAAAAGACAAAUUCCUAUCUUCAAUUACACAAUAAAAAGCAAGAAGUUCUUCAAGAGCAGCUUACAGAUCCUAAAACUGUCGAUGAGGAACCAGUUCAGAGUGUCCUACCAUUCCAGACUGUGAAAAUGGAGCCUGAAGACAAAUGGUACCUGAAAGCACAGCAGCUCAAGGAUCACCAAAAUAAGUCCUCCCAGAGAAAUAAAAUAAAAUCCAACCAGAAUCUCAAAGGGAGAGCUUUCCCAAGGAGUGAUAGCCAACAACCACCAGGAAGAUCAGCAGAACCAAAGUCUUCGCACCAGAGAUACCACCGAAUAUCAGAAUUUCAGACUGCUCCCAUGCAGGCAGUGGAGCAAGACAACAGCAGCGCACUGCAGAAAUGGCUGUAUCCAAGUCCUUCUAUUGGCCCUGACACUAAUACAGCAGAAAAUUCAGAUACUUGCUUAAAUGAUUUCCCAAAUUCAAGACAUUUUGAGAAGAAGAAAUACCAGCAUGAGUCUCCAAAUGGACUUCCACAUGACCAGCAACAUUUAUACAACCAUGCCACUGUGCAGCUUUUUGCAAGAGAUAACAGUACCAAUGGUCAAGCACAUCCAAAACAGAGGAAUAUUUCAUCUACUUUUAAUGCCAAUUUUCAAGAAUUGGUGAAGGAUCAAGUGUCACUUCAGGAUUGCAAAAGACACAUUUGUGUGGAUAAAAGGUAUCAGAACUAUGCUAUCAGUAGUUUAUGGCCUUCUCAAUCUUCUGUUCACAGUUCAUCAACAGCCCCUUGUACAACCUCCCAAUGUACACAAACGAUGGAGCGACAUCACCAGGAAAUCACUCAGUUGACAGAAGCUCACUUAGCUGACAGGCACUUGUUCAGCCUACUUCCACCUAUAAUCCCACAGGUAGAAAGUGGUUCAGAGGUAGAUCCAGAGAGCGGUGAAGGAAAUCAAGUGAAAAUAAGCCGAAGCAACUCAGAAGGAUAUCUCAUGCAAAUGGAAAAGCAAAAACAGCCUAAAGUCAGCAAGAAGCCAUGUAGCUCAAAAGCCUACAUAAAUCUGAAUGUGAAGCUUGGAGGCCUUGGACCUGACUAUGAAGCAAUCAAAGAGAAAAAAGAGAAAGUAAAGCAACAAAAGGAAUAUGCAAAGCAAAUUAAGGAACACAAUAUGAAAAGCAUUGCUUUGGUCCAGAGGUUACCUACAAAACCCCAGGAUGUAUCUUCAGUGUCAAGACAGAAGGCGCUGGAAUAUGCUAAGAAGAUUCCUAGACCAAAGACUUUCACAGCAAGACAAUCAGAUGAAGAGGUGAAAGAGGAAAGAGUUCUGCCACAGACUUUAAAUGGAGACAGUUUACCUCAAAUUGCAUCCUUGGAAACUUUGCAAAAUAGACACGAGAAGGAGAAGCAAGUUGUAGCUGCUUUCAGAACCCUUCAUAUCUUAUAA